CAAAAACUACGUUUGAUUGAUAUAACAGAAAUUUCAGACGGUGGUUGAUCGUUCGCACGGUGCUGUACAUUCCCAGAAAGUGAAUCCGCUGAAGGCGCGCAACCGGAACGUAUCGGCGGCGCUGUGGUUUUAACACGGACGCGUAUCGCUAGGACACGUUCGCUCUUGGUUUCCGGCUCACUCCGGGUUGUUAGUCAGCGACAUGUAUUAAGUAAUUCUCAGAUAUGCAGGUUAGCAGUUCCUCGCCGGAGUACGAGCGCAUUAUUCCCUGCAGGCAGGACUGCGUUUACACCAGCUGCUACUGCGAGGAAAAUGUUUGGAAACUAUGUGAAUAUGCCAAGAUCCAAAAGCAAUUCCCCAUGGAUGACAUUUAUGCUGUCUUCAUAUCUAAUGAGCAAAAGAUGGUUCCUCUUUGGGAACAGAAGUCUAGCCAUGGAAACAAACCCGUAAUUUGGGAUUACCAUGUUAUUCUGCUGCAUGACUGCAACGAGGAUCAAAGGUUCAUUUAUGAUCUAGAUACUGUUCUGCCUUUUCCUUGUCCAUUUGAUACAUACAUAAAAGAAGCCUUCCGGUCAGACACAUACAUCAAGCCAGCUUUCUGGAGGAAACUGCGUGUUAUUCCGGCAGAAGAAUUCCUGCAGAAUUUUGCAUCAGACAGAUCGCAUAUGAAAGAUGUUACUGGGUCCUGGCGCAUGUCUCCACCCCCAUACCCCUGUAUCGAAACUGCAGGGUCCAAGAUGAACUUAGAUGACUUCAUUAGCAUGGACCCCAGUGUGGGAUACGGGCAGGUCCACACUCUGGCUGAGUUUGUCCAGCGGUUUGGACGUAGCUGAGAAUGAAGCCCGUUGGCCAGGAAAACAAAUGGGGCUUGAGGGAGAAGGACACUGUUCAGCACUUUGGUGCUCAGCUUUUCAUAAGAGGACUUAAUUUAUCGUAACAGUAAGCCUGGGCAGAUGGUUUUUCCAAGCAUAUUUGUAAAAUUCUCAACAUUGUAAACUAUGAUAAGAAAUUGUAAAUAUUAAAGGACACCUUGCUCUGAUUCUGUGAGGGAUAAAGAAAUCAC